UUAGCAACAAGAGAUAAUUCUUAUAUUGAUAUUCAAUCAUUAUUAUUUAAUUGUGAUUUUCCUCUUAUGACAUAAAACAUUGAGAAAAAUAACGUUUGUUAAUUCAUUUUAUGUACAUGUAUCAAGAUGAAAAUCUAUGGUCUAUUUUAUGAAAGAGAAGUAGAGAUAAAUAUGUAGAGAAUUCACAGAAGAGCUGACAAAAUGAAAGUUGUGGUAGACUUGAGAUAUGUAAGCAAGGUAGGAGAAAAAAUGAGUUCGCUCCUGAACCCUUGCUUCUGCUCCGUCUUUUAGUAUUCUUCAAUCGUCAUUGCGAUCAAGUGUCUGCUUUGAUACUGUUUGAAACAUGCCUCUCAUCUCUGACCCAAUCCUGGAAAUAUGCGUGGAUUGUUAUGAAUCCAUAAAGAAUGCAACCGAAGGGGGUGCAAAUCGUUUGGAAUUGUGUAGCGCACUGUCCGAAGAUGGUCUCACUCCAAGUUUUGGUUUGGCCAAAUUAGCCAUGGAGGUUUCAUCCGUUCCAGUGUUUGCCAUGAUUCGAAUCAGAAGUGGUGAUUUUGUUUACAUGUCUCAAGAAAUAGACUCAAUGGUAGAGGACGUGUUGGAGCUCAAGAAGCUCGGAAUCGCUGGUUUUGUUUUCGGCGCUUUAGACGAUCAAAAUAACAUCGACGCAUCAGCCUGCAAAAAAAUAAUCGAAGCGGCGAAUCCACGUCCGGUGACGUUUCAUCGGGCUUUCGACCAAGUUGCGAAUCCACUCGCAGCGUUGGAGCAAAUACGCCAACUCGGCUUCAAACGGAUCCUCACAUCCGGCCAGAAGCGAUCCGCCCUCGAAGGAACGAGGCUCUUAGCCGAGCUCGUUGAGAAAGCAGCCGACGAUAUAAUAAUCGUUCCGGGGGCUGGUAUCAAUGAGCAUAAUAUUGGCCAAAUAAGAGACGAAACCGCAGCCAGAGAGUUUCAUGGUUCGGCCAAGAAGUCGACUAAUUGCCCGAAAGGAAUAACCAUUACCGAUAAAGAUACGGUCCAACGUAUGGUCAAAAUAUUAAAUAAAUAAUACUAUUGUGUACAAUUUAAUAAAUUUUUUUUGU